AUGAAAAAUUUUCAAUGUUUGGCAUACAACACAGGACUCGAAAUGACAACAACGUGUCCAAACGAAUGCAUUUGUUUAUCGCAAACUCAAGUCAUGUGCAACACGGGAGGAUUAACGGAAAUGCCAUUGAAGAUGAUACCGUCCACCGUAGAAUAUUUAUCACUAGCAAAAAAUGCUUUUGCUGUCAUCAAAAGCGACGCUUUUAAAGGAUUAAGAAAUAUACGUAAGCUAACAUUAGACGGAAAUAACAUAACAACAAUAAAACCAUUUGCUUUUAGAGGAUUGCCUAAACUUAGAGAAUUAUCAAUACAACACACGCCCCUCACAACAAUAUCACAAUUUUCUUUUGCCGGUUUACAAAAUAUAACAUCCAUACUACUCGGUCAUAAUAAAAUAGAAAUAAUCGAGGGUUAUUCGUUUGCGGGUACUUCGAACGUACGUUUGAUAUUAUUAAAUAAUAAUCCGGUACACAAAGUCGAAAGUCGAGCAUUUUCCGGUUUGAGAAACGUCGAUCAUUUGAUUUUUCCAAACGGUGUUAAAAAUCUCGAAUCCGAUGCGUUUAGCGAAUUGGAUUACGUCGGUAUAUUAAAAUUAGCAUUUAUGGAUUUACAAGGAUUAAAACCUUACACGUUUCGUGGACUUUCGCACGUGCAACUUCUUGCCAUAACGGAUUCGGAUUUAGGUAUUAUUGAAUCGAAAGCGUUCGAGGGUAUGACACACAUCGGAAGUAAAUCGAAUAACGUGAGAGUUAUACGUUUCCACGGUAAUCAUUUACUCGAAACUCCUCGUAAGGACGCCAUAUUGAUACAAAAUGUCGAAACUUUGAGCAUAAAUAAAAAUCAUUUUCCAUGCGAUUGCCAUCUUGAAAUAUUACUUUCGAGUUCUUUUAUAAAUAGCACUGUUGAUUUUCGUCAAAAUAAUUAUUGCAUAUCCCCAUUGGAUUUAAAUGGUAAACCCAUAAGUUACAUACAAUUAGAUAAUAUUGGUAAAUGCACAAGCGAAAUAUUAAAUUCGAAAGAAACAAUUCAUGCAUUUCAAAAUAAUUUUUCUUUUAAAAAAUCAAAUGAAAAAAUUUUUCUUAUAUAUUUAGUAUUCUUAUUGUGCAUUAGAUGA